AUGACGACUGCAGCAGCAAAAGAACAUGAAAUAUACAUCGAUCGGGCGAGUGUAAAUAUGAAUGUAGUCGUCGGGUGCAGCGAGGGGAACAACGCGAUGUUCGAGGAGGAUGCCAAUUCUCGUGAUUCUGGUGUUUCAAUGACGAGCUGUAGUGAUAAGAAGGAUGUGAUCUCACCGGUGAGAAACGUGGAUUUCAGCAAAGUCGAGACCCGAUUGGCGCUCUCCGAUUGCUCGAAUUUCGUCGCCAAAAUCAAGCGAAACUCGUCAGUCAGCUCGUCUCGCAGCUCCUCCUUCUACAACUACGACACCCCAACUGGGCGAAAGAUGCGAACCGUCUUCGACACGGAUUCCCUUGACCAAUCACUUUAUGAGAAAAAAAAUGUAGUAGAUAAGACGAUGGAGAAGCAUCGAAAGCGAAGUUCCUCCUCAAUGUCUCCAAGUUUCGCAUUGAUGGAUCAGAAGCGAAGUCGCAAUCUGUCGGAUGCCGCUAUGGCUCCACAAAGCGAUAAAAUAUGUCGUUAUAAUGGAGGAUUGAAUGUGCCGAAUUCCAGCGAUCCGUUCGGUGAUGAAGAUGGUGACGAUGAGGUUUUCUUGCAGAACAAUCAGAAAGCCUAUGUCCAGAACUCGCUGUUCGCUCCACCUGCGCCAAGAACCACCACUUCCUUAUGGGAUCUGGCACCGCCCAUUGUCAUUGAGCGGAAAGGUUCGGAUACCUCUGCGAAUGGAUCAUUUCAGGAGAGACCGAAGCAAAUUUUGAGAGCUAUGAGUGUUGGUGUCAUUGAUCAUGACUUGCCAUCAACGUUGGACGUGAAAUACUCCCUUCCCGCUGUCGAGAACCCUCAAAAAGCGUCGCAAGCCUAUCGAAGUAUCUCCCCGAUCACUCUUCUCUCUGAAUUCCAACGUCUCGGCAAUUAUGAGUUCGACAAGAAAUACGUGAUCGUCGACUGUCGUUUUCCAUUCGAAUACAAGGGUGGGCACGUGAGAGGAGCGAUAAAUGUGUUCCGUCAUGACAAGAUCAAAUCGACAUUCUUCCCCGAAGAUCUCGCUUAUAAUAUGGCGCCGAAACGAAUUCCGAUCUUCUACUGCGAGUAUAGUCAGAAGCGUGGGCCCGCAAUGGCUCAUGCCGUCCGCUCAAUCGAUCGUGUUCGCAAUGAACUUCGGUAUCCACACGUCGAAUAUCCGGAAAUGUAUCUCAUUGACUAUGGCUAUAAAUCUCUUUGGAAUCGCAUAGAAUGCCGCCAAAUUUGCGAACCUUGCUCGUACAUCCCAAUGAAUCACAGUCUCUACUCGUCGGAAUUCAAGUCGGCUCGUCUCGAACGUCAUCAUUCGAUGGCGUCGUUGCAACCGAAUGGCGAGACUGGACAUCGGAAAGAGAAGACGAAACGCUGUAUCCGUAGUGCGUAUCGACGAAAUAACUCGACUCUUAGCAUGCUUUCAAGAUCGUCCACCAAUCUCAGUUCAACCGGAAGAACUUCUAGCACAGAGAAUGUUCUUUCCGAGUUGGAAAAUGAGCAGAGAGGUCACAGAUGGGUUUCCGCUUUCGAUAUCAACAGUAUUGGAUCAGAGAUUGAUUUGGACAAUGAGCUCACGAACAACUUUCCCGUGGUCUCCAACGCAUCCUCUUACGCCGAUCUCGGUGGUUCCGAACGUGUCGUUCAAUUAGGAUUCAAGGUCAUCACUCCAGACUUCGGUGUCCAUGAAGCGUCUUCAUCCUCUUCUAGUGCCACAAUCUCCGGACAAUACCAUCCACUUGAAUUGCAUGCAAACGAUCAGAAUACUCCAUGCGCCACCCUUGAUUUCUCGUUGAUCUCCGACACGGACUAG